AUGUGCGGCACACGCUACAAUGAAGAGAAAUGCCAGACCCUGAGUGACCACUUCUGGUGCCCACUGGAGAAGCGAUGUCUGCCGGUGACUGUCCGCUGUAACCACAUCCCUGAGUGCUUGGAUGGCGCCGACGAGAUUGACUGCGACUUUGAGAAUUGCAGCGGAUUUUCAUGUGCUAACAGUCAGUGCAUAGACACGAGUCAGAGAUGCGAUGACGACUAUAAUUGUGUGGAUGGGCAUAAAAAAUGCGAUUCCGGACAAUGCAUUCCGAUGAGUUUUUGGUGCGAUUACGUGAACGACUGUCCGGACAGGUCGGACGAAAACAACUGUCAAAGUCAUCACCGGAAGUGUCGUACCGAUGAGUACGAGUGCGAUAACGGACAGUGCAUUAGCCAUAAAUACCAGUGCUUUCUGUCGGUCGACCCGCGGAAUGGUUGCGCCGACAGGUCUAACCUCAAGAACUGUUCGCAGUGGCAGUGCUCUGACGACCAGAUCAAGUGCGCCGACAGUUAUUGUGUGGACGGACAG